AUGCCGCGCUCAUUCCUGGUCAAGAAGCAUUUCAACGCCUCCAAGAAGCCCAACUACAGCGAGCUAGACACACACACAGUGAUUAUCUCCCCGUAUCUCUAUGAGGGCUACCCCGUGCCUGUCAUCCCCCAGCCGGAGAUCCUCAGCUCGGGAGCCUACAGCCCCAUCACCGUGUGGACCACAGCAGCUCCCUUCCACGCCCCGCUGCCCACCGGCCUCUCUCCUCUGUCGGGAUACCCCUCAUCCUUGGGGCGAGUGAGCCCCCCUCCGCCAUCUGACACCUCUUCCAAGGACCACAGCGGCUCCGAAAGCCCCAUUAGCGAUGAAGAGGAAAGAUUACAAUCCAAGCUUUCAGACCCCCAUGCCAUCGAAGCUGAAAAGUUUCAGUGCAGUUUAUGCAGUAAAACCUAUUCGACCUUCUCUGGGCUGGGCAAACACAAGCAGCUGCACUGUGACGCCCAGUCAAGGAAGUCUUUCAGCUGCAAAUACUGUGACAAGGAGUAUGUGAGCCUGGGCGCCCUCAAGAUGCACAUCCGGACCCACACGUUACCUUGUGUCUGCAAGAUCUGCGGCAAGGCGUUCUCCAGACCCUGGCUACUUCAAGGGCACAUUAGGACUCACACUGGGGAGAAGCCUUUCUCCUGCUCUCACUGCAGCAGGGCCUUUGCAGACAGGUCAAAUCUGAGGGCUCAUCUGCAGACACACUCGGACGUCAAGAAAUACCAGUGCAAGAACUGCUCCAAAACCUUCUCCCGAAUGUCUCUUCUGCACAAACACGAGGAAUCGGGCUGCUGUGUGGCACACUGAGUGACACAACCCAUGUUUACUCAAGCAGAAGGCAUUUCUUCACUCCGCCUCCGAAUGACAAGUAAAAGUCCAAAGGCAUUUUCUCUUGUGCUUACCGACCAAAGAAUAUGUAUACACACACACACACACGCACACGCACACGCACACACACACACAGAGCUUCAAGAGCACGGGCAUCCAUGUGUGUCAAGUUAAUCCUUUCCAUGUGAAGUUUAAAAUUACUAUAUAUUUACUGACAGCUAGAUGGAGAGGAUAAAAGACAAGAAUCUUUCUCUUCAGAGAUAAAGCAAAAAGCACAUUGUGCAUCUUUUCUUACUAAGAAAGAAUUCAAAGAUUUACGUCGCUGCCAGAUCAUUUCACUGAAAAGAACAGUGUUGCCUUGUAAUGGAAUUUGUAAUAGAACUUCCUAUAGGAGGAGAAUCUGCCAGACCCUAUCUCAGGUGCCUUAGAAAGUAUUCCGAGUUUACUUCAUUACGUGUCUGAUGUCAGGUCACCAUCCUCGAGCUAAAGCCUGUUUUGAU